AUGCCCGUUUUGAAAGAAACAAAUUAUACCGUUUGGGCCAUUCAAAUCAAAGUUAUACUUGAAGCGAAUGGAUUAUGGGAGAUGAUAGAACCUAAGGAAGAUGCGGAACCCGAUGAGAAAAGGGAUAUGGCAACGAUUGCCUUUUUAUACCAAGCAUUGACCGAAGACGUGAUACUCCAAGUUGCGGGGUGUAAGACUGCGAAAGAAGUCUGGGAGGCGUUAAAAAAGAGACAUGUCGGAAAAGAUAAAGUGCAGAAGGCACGCUUACAAUCGUUGAUGAUUGGAUUUCAAACACUCCAAAUGAGGGAGGACGACACGUUAGAUGCCUUUACCGCUAAGUUAAAUGGUUAUGCCACCAAGGCAAAAGAAUUAGGAAAAACCUUGGACCAACCGUUAUUAGUACGGAAACUUUUAGAUUCCAUGCCAGAUAGGUUUAUCCAAAUAGUGGCAUCCAUAGAACAAAACUCUAAUAUAGACGAAGUCACUUUCGACGAGAUCAUUGGAAAAUUAAAAGCAUAUGAGGAAAGAAUUAGACUCAAGAAAGGAGGACGUGGAAACAGCCAGGAAAACUUAUUAUUUGCGCAAGGCGAACACUCUGGGAGAGGAAGGCGAUUCGGCAAUCGCGGACGUGGUAGAUCAAACUCUUCACGAGGAAACUGGCAAAACAACAGAAAUAGAAACGACUCGAAAGAGGAAGGCUCAACUCACAAGACGAGAACAAACACAAAGUGGAAUAGGCAAGUGAGGGAUAUGAGCAAAGUACAAUGUCACAGAUGUAGAAAAUUUGGACAUUAUAGGAAAGACUGCAAUCAACUACCGACAACACAGGAACAAUCGAAUCUUAUCCAAGACGACGAAGAGCCAUCAUUGUUAAUGGCAACGCACAAAACUGAGAACGAAAAGGUAUCGUUAAAUGAAGGACAAUUUCAACCCGAAAAGUAUGGGACGUGUUCGUUUUGGAGAUGGAUCGUAUGUAAAGAUAAAAGGAAAAGGCUCUGUUUUGUUAGGAUGUAG